AUGGCCAGAUUCAGCUUUUCACACCUGUCCUACAAUGUCAUUCAAAAAGUAGACAGUAACAUCAUCAAAGUCUCAAAGGAUGCUGAUUAUAACCAUGAUAGCGAUUUAUAUGAUGACGUCAUCACAGCACCAGCCUCUCAGGACGACAUGGAUCUCUAUUCCCAUGGCGUCGACCCUGAAUCUUCCCAGGACACGCGAGAUCACGACCGCGCUUCUUCCGUGUAUUUUGCCAGGAACAGACACGGAGAAAUGCGUCAUGACACUAAAUCCGGUUCUUCGGCCCCUAUUAUGCCUGCAAACUAUACUGGCAAAAGGGUCAGUCUGUAUGUUGGAAACCUCACUUGGUGGACAACUGACCAAGAUUUAACAGACAUUAUUGCUUCGAUCGGAGUCCCAGAUUUGCUUGAAAUUAAAUUCUAUGAAAACAGAGCCAACGGCCAAUCCAAGGGUUUUGCUGUGGUUGCGGUUGGCUCUGAGGCAUCGUCUCGAAUCAUCUUCGACAAAUUACCCAAGAAGAAGAUCCACAGUCAAACCCCGAUAGUGACCCACUGCAACCGAACGUCCUUAAACCAGUUUGAAGCCCAGGCCAGGAAAGGGGAACCACCGCCACCAACAGCCAAAGAGCCAAACAGCAAACCCGCGGAGCGGGGGCCAAGUGGGAGUAGCAGUGGAAACAGAAGGGAACCCAGCCGGUAUGUCUCCCGCAACUCUCGCACCAGUCAGUCUUCGCCGCAGCAGGGACCUCCUGGUCCUCCAGGACCUCCCCCCUCUGGACCACCACCACCACCAUACAAUGCGUUCAAACAUUUGAGGAGAGCGUACACUACCUUUAGGCUCAGUCCCCCACGACCAGGAGGUCCGCCUCCACCUGUGCCACCACCACCUGGUGUCCCACUUGUAGGUCCACCACCCCGACAGCCUGGAGGGCCCCCACCCCCUGGAAUGCCUCCCAGACCUGUACCACCCCCGCAACGAGGCCCUCCUCCCCCUGAUCCCAGGUUAGCACCUCCACGACCCGACUGGGACAGACCAGCAGCAGACCAUCGACCACACCAUAGCUGGAAUCCUAUGGUACCAUUCCCUGGUUCAGCCAGCUCCUCUACUCUAGGUCAACCACACCCUCCAGGGACAUCUUACCCUUCUUCUGGACCUCCGCCCCCCCAGUCUGUACCACCACCCGGGGUUCGACUGCCAGCACCCGCUUCCUUUAAUGGCAGCCAACAUUGGAAAGGUAAAUAUUUUACUGGUGGACCCCCACUGCAUCAACCCCCUCCAGUAUCUGCUCCACCACCUGGCCACCCCCCAACACCUGCUCCACACGUCAACCCUGCCUUCUUCCCUCCACAACAUGGUCAGCCACCACCCACAGGACCCAUGAUUCCUGUUGGGCAAUUUGAAACCCUACCUUUCUUGGACCCAGACGUCAAAUUCCAUGCAAACCAUCCACCCCAUUCACAACCUGGAGACAUGUACGUCAGGCCACCUCCCCCUGCUGCUUACCCCAAUGAUCCUUAUGGCAGACCCCCAGAAAGACAUGAAUCUGCAUCCCCUGCCAUCAGCGAACAAGAAUUCGAGGAGAUUUUCCAGCGAAACAAAACUGUCUCCAGUAGUGCGAUUUCUCGUGCAGUACAAGACGCCAGUGCAGGUGACUUUGCUAGUGCCAUUGAGACACUUGUCACAGCAAUAUCACUGAUCAAGCAAUCGAAGAUUGCAGGUGAUGAUCGAUGUAAAAUCCUGAUUAGUUCUUUACAGGACACGCUCCAUGGGAUUGAAGAGAAGUCGUACGGAUCCAAGAGCAGCACUCGUCGAUCUCGUUCCCGCGAGAGGGAGAGGGACCGGGACAGAGAGAAGAGCAGUCGCAGACACCGUUCUCGCAGUCGCGACCGCGAGUACAGAGAGCGGAGUCGGGACCGCGACCGCUACCACGAAGAGCGGCACAGAGACCGCGACAGAGAUCGGGAAAGAGAGAGAGAAUAUCGGCGUCACUGAAGACAGGAGACUUUCUAGAGGUUUCCGUUGAAGAAAACUGAUCCAAAAAAACACAAAAAAACAAAAUGU